CUGACAGCGACUCGUGCGGGUAAGAUUUCCGUUGUCAUCUAUAAAGAAACAAUGCGGGUCACUUUUGUUAUUCUCUGCUGCAUGUUGGUCACGAGGGUGUACAGUAUGUACAAUUGUAAGCGACUGGAAGACUGUCAAAAUGGAGGAACUUGUAACGAUGAUGGUACCUGUACAUGCGUGAAUGGAACCCACUAUAGAUGCGAAGUUGAUAACACUGUUCCAUGUGCGGCGGAAACCAUUGACUGUGGAGCUAACGGUCAGUGUUUUACAGACGUGACAGAUGUAUGUGCCUGUGAUUAUGGGUACUAUGGAACCAAUUGUGAAUCCUCACUCGUUGAAAUCGACUGCACUGCGGAUUCGGCGACCUAUAUCCUGAUGUUUCCGGACAGUUUCACCGGGACAGUUGAGAUUGUCCCGGCAAACCCUGCAACCACUGUAACAGAAACAUGCGUGAAAUCACCGACCACUGCUGACGGAUAUAAGACUUACAAUGCGUCCUUUGAUCUUUCGACCGAAGGGACCACAGAUUGCCCGACAAGCCUCUUAUCACCCGCUGAUCAAGGCGGUGAGAAUAUGGAUUACUCGGCUUUGCUGAUCGUUCGCUAUUGGCCAAACUUGAGUACAAGUCUGGACGAGUUAUACAACCUUACAUGUAGCCACGUCGGCGGAGUUGUUGAGAUAUACCAGGACAUCAGUAACGUCUCCCUCACAGUGACAGAUUUGGAUCAGGUUACUAAAGACAAGUCUUUUAGUCCGAUUGAAAUGGCUCUGACGAAGGACAGCGGUACUAUGUUUGACUCCGAGACUUCACUGAUAGUCGGUGAUAAAUUUGACGUCAAUGUUUUCCUCAACGUCGACACAGGAAGUUUUGCGUCAGUUCGGUUCGAGUCAUGCGUAGCCAACAAUACCCUCGAGGGUGGUGAAAGUAAAAUCUACAACGUUUUUGAGAAUGGUUGCCCUACAGCUAGAGGUAAAGCCACGACUUCCGAACAAGUAGACACCAGUUUCGAAAACAAGAUUGGAAAAAAGAUUACCAUUACCGCCUUCAAAUUCAGAGACUCACAGAAGAUCGGGUUAGUUUGCAAGGCAAAAGCCUGCAAAACAGCAGAAGAUUGCAACGCGCCAACUAAUUGUGCCGAAGUAAGAGCUGCUGCUGCUGCUGCUGCUGCUGCUGCUGCCGCCGCCACAAGUCCAACAGACCCACCAACAGAAGCACCAGCAGAGACACCAACAAGCUCACCAACAGCUGCUAACGACCCUACUACUAGCGAGACAACAGGUAGGCGUAAGAGGCGUGCUGCGGGGGAUGAUAACGAGGAACGCACUGUCUCUGCCGUCAUCACCGUUCUCAAUCCUGGCGAGACGCUGAAGGACGCCAGCACUGGCGAGGAGCAAGUCGAAACCACAGUGGGAUCAUGUUUGGCACACAGUUCGAUCUUCUCCGUGAUUGUCGUCCUCGGAGUGAUCAUCCUGAUCCUAUUCAUAGCAUGUUUGGUAAUGGCGGUCGUCCUCAUGCGCAGGCGCGAACGGAAGCUAGUGAACAACGAGCUUGUUCAGCCGGAGCGAUUUCAAAUUCCUCGUGCUCAUGUGAAUUCAGCUUAUAAUGACUUUUAAAUCACUGUUUUUAUUUGCAUAUGUAGAUAGUUUCAUAAUUGUAUGCACUUGAAUUCUUUUUUGCUUAAGGUAUUCAAUGUACAAAUAAUUUAUCGUGCCAUUGAUCAUAUAUUCGGAACUCCUCGGCCAAUUUCCAUCGAGAAAAACCACGGAUAUAUCUGGACGGUUUACAACGUCAAAAUACUUUCAAUUAACUACGCUGCAAGUAGAUCGCGUAGUAAUUUCAAUUUAGCAGAUAAACUUGCCUUCCCUCUUAUUUAUGCAAAACUCACUUCACUAGCAACCAAAUUAGACUCAGUUAUACAAAAUACACGUAAACAAACUAUAAUUAAUAGAUACUAUUAUUUGAAAAAAUACGAGCUACUUCCAUAAAUGUAUCAGCAAACAUCCGAGGUUGAUUUCGAUGGAAAAUGGCCGAGGAGUUCCGAACGAUUGAUCAUCAUGUUAAAUUGUGAUGAUAAGUGACCCCGUAUAAUUAUGGCAUCUUUUUAUAUUACCCUUUUCUUCUAUAAUUGAAAUAAAACGUAAACUUGGACGAUUUGAGGGUGUAUCUCGCCUAUGGACCCGCUUGUGUUAUUGGUUUAUUAUUUACAAGUCUUUCUCAACUCACAUCAUCCAGAUAAUAUGGCGUCAUCAGGAAUACAAAAUUCACAUUAUUUGCAGACGUAGGUCACAGGAGUAUUGUACCUUAAGUAAAGUUUUAUAUGGAAAUUAAUGUGUACAGUAGUUGUGUUUUGCCAUAUGCUUACAAAGGUUUAUUUUCCUAUUAUGUAAUCUUCAACAUUUUCCUACGGAAUGGGAACCCUUCACGCUCUAACUGCAUGUAACACGUUGAGACAAACCAGUGAAAAACCUCCACAUGAUGGCGGCUCACUUAAGUAGAUACGUACCAACGUGGCAUGACAUGUUUGAAAGUGUGAAUGGAAAAAGUACUUGCCUUUUUGGAAUGGUCAUUGAACUCGACAUUAGGAAAUUUGCAAACGGGUUGUUCCACUAUGCUUGCUUGCUAUUGUAUGUAAAUUGUAUGCUUCACACAUUUGCUCUUUGUAAUUGCACAAUAAGUUUAUGUUUAUAAACCAUUUCUAUAUAUUGCAUUGUUCUUCCAUUACUUCGUAUGUUGCAUUUUUGUAGGUAUAGUACAUGAUAUUGGCAUUUGGUGUCUAAUAGAUGCUCUUUAUAUACAACAUUCGGAACUACUCGGUCAUUUCCCAUCAAAAACGACCUCGGUUGACGGUUUACAUAUCAGAAAUCUUUAUAUUUAAAUACGCUGCUAGUAGAUCGCGUAGUAAUUUCAGUUUAAUAGUAAAACAUUUAGCAUUUACUUUUUUAAGCAAAAAAUGAACUUCACUGGAAAAUCAUUUCAAAUUUUGAUACAUAUACGUUAAAAGACUACAAUUAAUUAAUUCUAUUAUUUGAAAUUUUACGAACUAUUUGUACUCAUAUACCGGCAAACAUCCGUGGAUGUUUUCGAUGGACAAUGGCCGAGGUGUUCCGAAUGGAUAUUCACUUGACAACGUGUUGCCCCACCAUUUCAAAUAUUGUUGAAACCUGAAAGCAGUGUGUGUGUGUAUACCACGUGAUAAAUUGCGUCAUAAAUGCUACGUCGGAAGGAUACAUUUUGCUUCGAAUGAAUACUUUAAACAAAGGUAACUUCACUAUCUCUUCACCAUUUUAAAUGAAUCUAGCGCAGUUAACGCCGCUUACGGAGCCCCUUUGUCGGUCAUUUACCAGAGUUUGAUUGAGAGCUUAGUUUCUUUAAACACUUCGACAAACAUUUUAAAACGGUAAUAAAACGAAGGCGGCACCCUUUAAGCGGCAUUGACUGCCCUUUGUUUCAUUUAAAAUGGUAGCAUAUCUGACGUAAUUUAUCACGUAGUAUAAACACACUGGAAAAAUCACCUCACGAGAUGGAUUUCAUCAACAAUUUGCCCCCUGUUCCUACCCCGGUGGGGCACAAUAUUUCUCUAUUAGUUUGUCGUAUUUUAAUACCUUGCUUAAAAUUUCUGCAUGUAUAAAACACCAGUAGAUUUUAUUAAAUUCUUCAAAUAUUU